UAUGCGUCCAUAAAAAUCUGCCAGAGGACCAAAUAACUUCGCGGAGUUUUUCUCAGAGAGAGAGAGGGGAGGGAGAGAAGCAUAUGGAGGGGGAGAAGAAGAUAACAGCGGAGGAAGUGAUAGCCAAGCUCAAGGACGACGGCGAUUUCGACACCCUCCGCCUCAGGAUCAUUCGCAAGCUCAAAGAAAACGAAGAUUUGCGUAAGAGCAUUAUUUCGGCCGUGAAGCAGUCAAAUGCUCUCAACCGUCCAGGAGCUGAGAACUUGAAACCAAGGCAACUUUCUGAUGCCAUUCAUCAAGAGAUUGGGAGCAAAGUGAUGAGUCAGAUAUCAGAUGGGGUGUGGGCGGUAAUCAGAUCGACAGAUGGCAUGAAAAGUGAAAUCACAGAGACGGUACAAUCUGUGUACAAUAAACUAGUGAACCCAAAAGGGAAGGAAGUGGAGGAUCAUUCAUCAGCCACCCCCAAUGAUCCACAGAUCAGCAACAAGGAAACUGACGGUUCUCUAGCAACCACAGCCUGUGACCAAAACCCACAGAAUGAGAGUGGACCAACAGAAGCAUGUGGCUCAUCUCCGUGCAAUAAUGAGCGAGCAAAUGAUAGUCAAGCUGAACGUAAGGAGUUGCCCGUAGAGCCACAGGCCAGUGGUGAACCAACCGAAGAGCCCCGCGGCCCACCUGAUGUUACGCAGCCGAGUAAUGAUCAGCUGCCUGACAUUGCUGCUGCAUCCGUUGAGAGUGUACGAAGAGUUGAUGCUGGUGAUGAGGACCCAGAUGUGCCUCCUGGAUUUGGACGAGUCAACUUAAGACUCAGUCAAAUCUUCGAGUUGACCCAACCCAACUGGAGUUGAGUUUUCAGAUCGAUGAGUUGUUGAGAGACAGAUAUUGGUGAUGAAUGAUGUCGUCACAAAGGUAUAAGAAUGUUUUCUCUUUUUCGUGUAUUUUGUUUUCCUAUGAUAUUUUAUUGUUUCUAUUAACUUCAUUGUUAAAGAAGAAGAAGAAGAAUAAGAAGAAGGGCUUUUUGUCUAUUGUUUUUCAUUUUACAGUAACAUGUAGCUGUGUUGACAUUAAUAUAGAACUAUGAAUCCAAAUAGACAUACAAAACUUGAAUUCUCA